UUGGAUUAACUAGAGACAGAGUCGACAUACUUGUAUUGCGUCGAUGGUGUCUUUGUAAACCUGAAAAUAGCUGGAAAUAUGAAUUUAUUUGUUUGAAUUGUUUAGUUGAAAAAUUAAUCUGGUCGAAACAACUCGCUGACGAACCAAAUACAGAUGUGAGAUGUCGGUCAUGCACAGCUGAGUGAGACUUUUCUUCGUUAUGCCUCGAUAAAGCACGUACGAUCUUUCAAACGGUAAAAUUGUCAUCAAGUUAUAUCUAAACACGGCUCCUUGCAUUUCUCUAAUGAGAAUGACUUCAGCUCGGAAUAUUCAAAGCAUCCGACCGAUGUGUGUGGUUGUGCUUGCCAUGUUCUUUUCGUUUCAAACAGGCUUGCCUGUCAAUGCUACAAGUUGUUUUAUUUUCAAACUAGUAAUCAUUGAAAUGAAUGGCACCACUGAUAUGACAAUUGAUUGUAACACAACCGAUCUAAAUGCCAACGUGACAUUGUUAUUGAACAAUGAUAUAUUACCUGUUGGAGGCAGAGUUACACUUCACAAGCAAGUCUUCACUAUUCACAACAUUACAACAAGCGAUUAUGGGCAGUAUGACUGUGUAACCAGAAGCGGUUCAAGUACCAAGGUUUGGUGCCAGACUACGGUGCCUUUCAUUAGAAAAGAGGAACUGGUACGUUAUCCAAAAGUGACUCCUGAAGUAAAAGUCAUAGGGGCUGGUACAAGCACAAAUUUCACCUGCAAAGUCAAGGUUGAAAAUAGUUUCCAGAAGUACUUUACCUUAAAGUGGUUUAGAGAAGAGAAUGGAACUCAUGUAGAAAUUCGUCAAGAUGACACAAUGUACAGGCAAACUGUUGUAUCUUACGGGCAUUCUGUUCUUACAAUUAUAAAUGCACAGCCUACACCAAGAGAGGGUGUAACAUUUAGGUGCCAGGUAACCUACAGGGAUACGGCAUCUUCCUUCUAUCCACGUUUGAUAGUAGUUGAAGAUUUUCCACCCAACAUAACUGAGUUAAAGGAAUCAGUCAUUGUCAAGGAGAAAGACAUGUUGUCACAACAUUGUACAGCACGCAGCUUCCCUUUGUCUAAUAUCACUUGGAUUUAUAAUGGAGCAGAGCUGUUGGUAGGGAAUCACUACAUAGUGCUGCAAAAUAUCAAUGAGCAAUGGCUUACCUCAACAAGCUAUCUUAUCAUAAAGAGUACAAGCUUUCCAAGAGACAAUGGAACUUACACCUGUGUGGCAAAAAACGGCAACAGUUCCGAUGAAAAAAACAUGGAAGUUUCCAUUGACACUGUACCCUUUUUGGAUAAGUCACAUUCACUCUGGACAAAUAGAAGAAUCUACUGUCAGGUCAGUCGAUCCAAUCCACUGCCAACUUUCAAGUGGCAGUAUCAACGUGACCCAUGUUUGAACUUCAAUCCAGAAUGUAAACCAGACAAGAGCAGAUGGAGUGACCUUCCUGCUAGCUUUGCCGUUUCCCCACCUAGUGACGAUGCCACUAGAAGGAGUACAGUUGCAAUUCCAAAAGACACUGAGUCGGGAUUUUUUAGAUGUAAGGCAACCAAUAGGGAAGGGAGUGCUGAAAAUGUGAUGAAAUUCUUUGUUAGUGGUACUAAUUCUGCCAGAAUCACAAUGACAACAAAAGAGUACGAUGAAGAAGGGGUGUUGAAUAUGAGUUGUGUAAUGACUUGCAAAGGUAAAAUGUCAGGCUGGUACAAAGAUGGUAGAGAGCUGUUGGCAGCUACUGAUCCAAGAAUUAAUAUAACAUCUGGGACUGAGAGUGGCUUGACAUGGACAAAUCUAGUGGUGAAAAAACUCACUGCCAAUGAUUCUGGAGUGUACAUUUGUGCAGCUACUGACUGCCAAAGUAGACCUUUGAAUGUGUCAGAGGAUAUCAAAGUCAACAAGGUAUUUCCACCAACUAUACUCAACUUUAAAAAUCAGACAGCCUACAAUCAAAUCAGUACUGAAUUAUUCUGUAACAUUUCUGCUCAUCCUAUGCCAAGUCAGGUACAUUGGUUUAAAGCCGGUCUGCCCCUUGAAGAUCAAAUUGAAUACUUGAACAGACUAUUAUCCUCAGGCUGUGAAACUCAUUCUCCUGGUUUUUAUCGCAUAAAUGGUGUUGUUGGAAAACUGAUAAUUUGUAAGCCUGCAGACUUACUUCAUACGGGAUUCUACACUUGCAAUGUGGCCAAUAGGAAAGGGGAAAUUAAUGCCACUGCCUUUCUUAAUGUAUUGGAGAAUCCUGUAGUUUUACGUCCCGCCAAUGUAACUCAUUUGGUUAAACUAGGAGAGCCAUGGAACAGCACAUGCCAAGUCACUGGUAACCCUGUGCCAAAAAUUGAAUGGAAAAGAAUGGAUGGAAAUGGAAAAGGAAAUGUGGCGGUGAAUCAAAAAUGGGAGAACAACAAGGAGGUGGUUUUAUUGUUGGAGUCUGUCAGUGAACAGGAUAUCGGAACGUACUUCUGUAUAGCAGUUAAUUCAAAAGGAAUUGCAGUUGCAUUCAUGGAACUGGAAGCAAAAGUUCCCCUAUCGCAACCUACUCUGGAAGGAUCAAGAGAAAAGUUGACCAUCGCCCUCAUUGUUGUUGGAGUCCUUGUGAUUGUCCUUGUAACUGUCAUCCUAAUCUGUUGUGGAUUUUUUCGCCACCAGCGUCGGCAGAUUAAAGAAUAUCGAAGUCAGUUUUUCCCGGUGAUUUUCGAACACUCUAUGGUUGAUCCCGCUCGUACUCUUCAGGAUCAGUGUGGAAAUCUUUCAUACGAUCCAAGUUGGGAGUUCCCUGAGGAAAGGCUCACUCUCGGGGAGGUGCUUGGAUCAGGGGCCUUCGGGGAGGUCAUCAAAGCAGAGGCCUUUGGAAUUGCGGACUUUCAUCCUCGAUGCGAAAGUGCCGAGAAAGUAAAACGCCGGUCCAAAAUGCUGCGCCGCAUUAGUAGCAGUAGAUUGUAUCAGGAUUCUAGCGGAUCUCCCUACGUGAAGACAACUGUUGCUGUUAAGACACUGAAGAAGAACGCCAAACCAGAGGACUUCGAUGACCUUGCCUCUGAGCUGAAGAUUCUUAUUCAUGUCGGAGAACACAAGAAUAUUGUUAACUUACUGGGAGCUUGUACAAAGGGUGAUCGUUUGUUCAUUAUCAUGGAAUAUGCACCGAACGGAAACUUGUUAAUGUUCCUGCGGAAGAAGCGAGAAAUUUACGAGCCAACCUGGAUAACUACAACGAAUAACCCUGAAAAUGAACUUACCAUCAGGAAUUUGGUAGUUUUUGCCUAUCAGAUAGCACGUGGAAUGGAAUUUUUAGCUUCAAAACAGUGCAUUCACAGAGACUUAGCAGCAAGGAAUGUUCUUGUUGGAGAAGAUUACGUUAUGAAAGUCGCUGACUUUGGUUUAGCUCGAAACAUUUCCAAAAGGGAUAUGUACGUGAAGCAGACUCAAGGAGUCCUUCCCAUCAAGUGGAUGGCGAUGGAAUCAUUGUUCGACAGAGUUUACACUGAAAAAAGUGAUGUAUGGUCGUUUGGUAUUUGCCUAUGGGAGAUCUUCACGCUAGGAGGCACACCUUACCCCACUCGCUCUGCGGAAGAAGUUAUGGACAUGCUAAGUGACGGUGAGCGGAUGGAGCAACCGCCUAACUGUCCUCUGGAUAUGUACUUUAUCAUGAGGGAUUGUUGGAAACAAGAUCCUGAUCAACGACCUCCAUUCUCUCAGCUCAGUGAACGAAUUGGAAGGAUAUUAGAGUUACACACUUCAAAGGUGAAGCCGUUAGUUCACAGAGACUUGUCGGAGAGUUUUUGA